GGCGGACGGGGAGGGCGACGUUACAAAGAGGCUCAAUGUCCCAGCACUGCACCAGCGAGCCGGGGGAGAGGGGAGUUGGCCUCAAUGACAGGUUGCUUAAGGCGUAUCGAUACACUCUGGCGAUCACCAAUGCCGUCGUUAUUCGCAUAAGGAAGAAAAUCAAUAAUAAAUUGUGGUGGUGGUGAUCGUGUAUAAAAUCUGAAAUUCGUCACGAAGGCGACGUUAAGAAAGAACGAAAUUCCAGUCUAUUUGUCUUUACGGCACGGCACUGUUUCCACUACGUGCGACAGGGACGCCUACUUCAGCGCAGCAGGAAAGAUGGCCGAAGCGAGGAGAACUUCUUCCUCUCAGGAGCUAAGGAGAGCUUCAUCGUCAAGGACUACUAAGUCUCAAGGUGGCAGACCUUUUAAUAGGCCUUCCACUGUCCCUCAGCUCAAAGCACCUCAGACAGACCUGCUACUCAAGGAGGAAGAAUACAAGCGUUUGAAUGCAGAGCUGGAAGCGAAAGCUGCUGAACUUGUUCAGCAGGCAGAAGAACUUAUGAGAGAACAAAAUGAAGUCUUGGCAAAGCCAAUUCCUUCUCACAUUGGCAUCGACUUAGACAUUGAGGAUGAUGAGAAGUAUUACAGGAACCUCAGUCUCACAUCACCUACUGACAAGCAGUCAUCUCUAAAGGCAGUGAACAAAAGGAAGAAUAUUUCAAAAAAAGCUUCUGUACAAAGCAGACCUCCAUCAGGACAGCAGAUUAAGUCAAAAGCAUUGGCAGCCUCUGCAGCAGAUGAUGUCGCAAUAGUUGAAGACUUUGUGGACUUCUCCCUGGCAAAGACCAUAAGCAGCAUCAAGGGCAAACUGGAGGAAGGUGCAACACCAGAAGAUGUAAUGGGUGAUGUGAUGCCCAGUGUUGGGGAAGAAAUGGGAUCUGAGGCACAGAUUCGAUAUCUUAAGGCCAAACUUCGGGUGACGCAGGAAGAAGUGAACAGGUUGUGUCAUGAGUGCAACAUAAAGGAUGAUGAAAUCUGCAGCUUGACGGCCAAAAAGAAGGAGUCCGAGGCAGAGCGUAGCAGGCUGCAGAGGAUGACCAGUGUCCAACAAGCGCAGAUGGAGAAGCACAAGGCAUUAGCGGAAGACUCCAGUAGGAAGAGUGAGGGGCUGCAGCAACAAGUGGAGACCCUAAAGAAGGAAAUAGAGAGUUUGAGAAGAGCACAGAAACAGGCAGCAAGCACACACAGCGCCACGGAGGUCAGGCUGAACCGGGCCCUGGAGGAAGUGGAGAGAUGCAGGGUACAGCUGUGUAAGAUAAAGCAGAGUGGCAAGGAUUCUGCCAGCCAGGAGCAUCAGAAAAUGGAAGUCCUUCAGGCCGAGAACAAGAAAUUAGAAAAACAGAAAGCAGAACUUAUAGCGGGCUUUAAGAAACAGCUCAGACUGAUAGACAUAUUAAAAAGACAAAAGAUGCACUUUGAAGCUGCAAAGAUGCUAUCCUUUACUGAAGAGGAAUUCGUGAAAGCUCUGGACUGGGAGACAUCAUAGAGCAAGAUAGAAGAAUGCAAUUGAGUAAAAUGUAAAAUAUAUUGUUUUUAUGAUUCGGGUCCAACUGUAAGUGGAUCCCACUGAUCAUUUUCUGAUAACCCAUGAAAACAAGCACUGUGAUAAAGCAACUGCAGACUCUGGAUGUUUUUGACAUUCUCUGGACGUCUGGUACAGAUGGGGGUAUAGGGUUCAACUGCAAGUAAUAAAACAAUAAAUAAAUAAAAGGAAGCAAAAAAUGUACAAAGCGAACAGUAAGAUGUACAUAGUGCACAAUAUGGAUCCAUGAAUAUUGCAGCAGUGAGUAGACAGUGCAAUUGGCAAUUAGCGUUAUGUGUGUGCAAGAUUGUAAUACAAUGUGCACAGGUAUUUGAAGGCAGCAAUAGGUCUUAUGUCAUAUGGCACAUCGUUAUUCAGGAAGAGUCAGAGUUCAACAGCCUCAGAGCACAGGGAGAACUGUAAGUGUUGUUGUUUUGGCCUGGAUGCUGCUCAACGUUUUUCCUGAGGGUAGAGCAUUGGUUUUGGUAACUUGUCAUCUUGGUGAUUAAUAUUCGGUUUGAAAUAAUAGUCCAAUAAUAAAAAAAAUCACAUUGAUGCGUUUUUAAAAUGAUAUUUCGGCAAGCCCAGAAAUGAAAUGCUACCGAAUCAUACUGGCAGAGGAUUGCCAUCUAGUGGUGUAAUGUAAUAACACACUAUCAUUUUUAUACUAUAAAGGCGGCUGCACGGCUCUCUUAAUUCAGUUUUCUAUAACUUUUGUAAAACCGUUCAACUUUAAAAGAUUUAAAAAUGAAUAAACCAGUCAUAUGGAGAAGUGAACGCGGAGGGGAAAAUGCACAAACAUAUACCGCCCUAAUUAAUAACGAUUAAGAAAUCGCGCAAAUUAUCAGUAGAAAGCUUCUAAUAUGCGUAUAUGUUUUUCACCUUUUGACCAAGCACUUUUAUCGAUAGUUUUUAUAUGUCUAAAUAUAAUUUUAUGCCUAAAUUAAUUAUUAGGAUUUUGAAUAGCUAGUGUGUAUAUUUAAUAACUGCAUCCAAAUAUAUUCGAACGCUUAAGAAAUGGGCUUCCGUCCAUUUUUGCGUAUCUAGAAUUAUCAUCUUAUUUAAUGUGUUUGUGUCUAGAUGUCAACCUGAUAAUAAAUUGUACCUUUUUAAAAGC